AGUGUCACGCAUUAUCCUCCUGGGAACUGUCAACACAGGUGCUGCUCUCACACCCUACACCCGCUCAACCUCUACCAUGCAGCUCCUGAAGCUACACAUGUUGCUGGCAUUUGUUGUCGUGGCAGUUGACUCCAUGGCCGUCACUAUUAUGGAGAACACCGCCACCGACGGGGAGAACAGUGCCGUUGACGGAGAGAACAAUCCCGUUAAUGGGGAGAACAGUGCCGUUGACGGGGAGAACAAUCCCGUUGACGGGGAUAACAGUGCCGAUGACGGGAAGAAGACCACCGUCGUGGUGCAGCCCAGCAAAACAAAGCGAGGGUCUAAAGAAGACAAAGCGUUCGAGCGUCAGGUGAAGCAGCUGCUGAAGAUGAGAUGUAAGCCGCGCCUGACGAAGGUGUUUGUGGCCAACGAGAUAGGCGAGGCGGACGAAAAGAAGGACAAGGACCUGUUCCCUCAGGUGGUGGCGGUCAAGAGGUGCGACCACAACUGCAGCUACUGCGGCGACAACGCCGGCAGGGAGGCCAAGACCUGCGUCGCCGCCCGCACCAAGAUCAAGAACUUCACCAUACGCUACUACGACGACUCCCAGCACCGUCAGUACUUCAAGCUCCCCAUCACUGAGGACACCAAGUGUCACUGUGUCCACUGAGCCCUCCACGGUGGACACUGUGUCUCUGUGUCUACUGAGGACACCAGGGUGGACACUGUGUCUCUGUGUCCACUGAGGCCUCCAGGGUGGACACCUUGUGCCUGUAUCCUAAUGAUAGCACUACAGUAGACAACACGUGUCUCUGUAUUCUGGUGAUGACACCAUGUGUCACUGUGUCCUGGUGAUGACACCAUGUGUCACUGUGUCCUGGUGAUGACACCAUGUGUCACUGUGUCCUGGUGAUGACACCAUGUGUCACUGUGCCAGUGGUGCUCCAGGUGCUCAAGACCACCCACUACCCCACACGUGAUGCUCAGUACCAACACCGCUCAGUACCAGUGCUGCUGCUGACCGCUGCUCAAGACUUCACAGUGCGUGUGCUCAAGGCUGUGAGCCAGAUAAUGGACCUGAUAUUUGCUGGCCUAUGAAGAUUAUUAUAUAUUUAUUUAACUUAUUUAUUGAACUUAUUUAUUUAACUUAUUUCAUUAAAAAUAAAUUUGU